UCCUCCGCGCGCGCCAUGGCGGACCUGGUGGGGCGGGCCGUGAAGAAGGCCUUCCCGGGCUUCGGGCUCUUCUCCGGCGUCGUCGAGUCCUACGACGCCCAGGCCGGCUACUUCCGCGUGCUCUACGACGACGGCGACUCCGAGGAGGUCGACGCCGACGAGAUGGCCGACAUCCUCGUCGGCGCCCCCAUGCCGCCGCAGCCCGAGACCCCCGGGGGCUCCGCCGGGAAGCGCCCUAAGAAGCGGAGGCGCGGGGACUCCCCGCACGGGACCGUUUCUGUAUUGUUAGGGGAAGCCGCGGCUGUAGAUGGGCUCCUGUCGAAUGGGGAUGCGCUCGCAACCCCGUCAGCGGCUGCAGAUGGGCUCUCGAAGAAGCGGAGGGUCGACCCUGAUCCGGAAUCUUCCAGGCCAGUCCGUCGCAGCGCGAGGCAGGCCAAGGCGGCGGCGGCGGCAUUGGCCGCCGAGAUGGAGGCUGCAGCUACUUCAGCCGCCGAGACCUCACCCGCCGCCGACUCCGUGUCCCCGGUCCAGGUCGCUGCUAGUGCCACGCCGCAGCAGUCGAGCAGGAAGCGGCAGCGCGGGAACGGGAGCGGCCGGUACCGCUCGGUCGCGAGGGAUUUGGAGGACGCCGCGGCCGCGGCGGACAGGAUGCCGCCCAGGCCGGAGCUGCCGCCGUCGUCGCAGGGCUUGGACUUGGAGGGCCUCCCUGUCCUCGACGUCUUCCAGGUCUACUCCUGCUUGAGGUCGUUUAGCAAGCAGCUUUUCCUGAGCCCGUUCGCGCUGGACACGUUCGUGUCCGCGCUGCGGUGUGUGCACGUCAACCCCUUGAUCGACUGGGUGCAUUUCGCUUUGCUCCGCUCUCUCAAGAGCCACUUGGAAGAUCUCGCCCAGGAAGGAGACCCUCCGGCAAUACACUGUAUCAGGAACCUCAACUGGGAACUUUUAGACCUAGCAACAUGGCCAAUCUACCUUGCCGAGUACUUGCUGACUCGGGGUUCAGAACUGAGGUACGGUGUGAAGCUUACAGAUCUAAUGCUGGAUACGGAGUACUAUAGGCAGCCAGCGACCGUGAAACUUGAGCUGCUGCGCUCGCUCUGUGAUGACGUUAUUGAGAUCGAGGCUAUUCGUUCUGAACUUGGUUCAAGGAUGUCUGAGUUAGAUGGAAAUGACGACAGCUAUAGAGGUACCGGCAUACGAAGAAAAAGGAGAGUUUCCUCUGUCAAGGCCCUAGCAGACCCUUCGCUGCCUCCAGAAGGCUCUGAUGAUGUGGAUGAUGGUAACAGUGACGAGUGCUAUCUCUGUGGUAUGGAUGGCAACCUGUUAUGCUGCGAUGGCUGUCCUUCAGCUUUCCACUCGAAAUGUGUGGGGGUGGUGGAGGAUCUGUUGCCUCAAGGAGAUUGGUAUUGCCCCGAGUGCUCGAUGCAGAAGAAUAAUGGAUCCAAAAACAUGUCAAAGCUUGUCAGAGGAGCAGAGGUUCUGGGAACGGAUCCACAUGGACGACUAUACUUCGGCGCCUGUGGCUAUCUUUUGGUGGUUGAUUCAUGUGAUGCGGACUCUCCAUGCCAUUAUUAUGGUCAGAUUGAUCUUGAUUCCCUUGUAACAGUGUUAUUUCCAUGUCAUCAUUCGUACAAUUCAAUCGUAAAUGUGAUCUCUUUAUUCCGGGAUACGGCAACUGAAACAUCUAAUAAUAACGGGCGGUAUGAGAAUAGCAAGGAAUGUAGUACCUCUGAAAAUGGGACAGAUGGCAGGCACUCAUCAAUGAAACAACCUCGUGAACGUGGACAGUGUAUGAUAGUUAAGGAUGGUUCCUCUCAACAGUUGGAUUCAGGGAAAGUUCGUACCUUAAAUUCAGAUCAAGAUGCCGCACACCAAAAUGAGAAGCCAAACGGAGCAUCUCAACGUAACGCCUCUAGUGCCAACAAGGAUAGCUGCAAUUCUCAGCAAGAUGAUGUUUGCUUACAUGCUAAUGGUUUGUCUGCGGAGAACCAAAAAGGUCUGUCACCUCAAAAAGAAAUAAGUGAUUAUUGUCUCCAUUCUGACCCUGCUAGGUAUAUAAACUACUACAGUUUUGGUCAAAUAGCAGCAGCGGCUGCUGCAGAGUUAAAGCUCAAGCUUUCUGAGAAUGUGGAAGGAAAGAAGCUUGGUCAGGAUGCAGUUUCCUUUCGGCUAAAAACAAUAUGCAAGAAAUAUGUUAAUAUUUUUGCACUGACUGAUAAAAAGUUAUCCGUGGAGCUUCUAAAAGAAAAAUGUGGCUGGUGUAACUCCUGCCAGAUCAGUGGUGGUGCUGAUUGCAUUUUCAGAGUUACUGAUGUUAAGUGUAUGGAGAGUACUAAACCAUGUGCUGUUGGUCUUUUGUCAGAAAAGAAUCAGGAAAGUCAUAUUGUCCUUGCUACACAUAACAUUUUGUCAAUUGAAGAACGUCUGAACGGUUUGCUAUCUGGUCCAUGGCAAAAUCCGCAAUAUAGCAUUUAUUGGCGUAAGGCAGUUCUGAUGGCUUCAGAUGUAUCGUCACUAAAGCAGCCUCUUCUCAUGUUAGAGUCCAGUCUGCGACGUGUUGCCUUCUCAGGAGAUUGGCAAAAACCAGCAGACUCUGUUGAAGUUGUUGGGUCUGCAUCUCAUAUCUUGGUCCGUUCAUCCAAUAAAUCUCUAGGAGAUGCAAUUGCUAGAAAGCCAGGAAAGAAGCCACUUAAUGUUGAGCUCAAAGUUGACUCUCGUGAUGUUGGUGUUUAUUGGUGGAGGGGUGGAACAUUGUCUCGUCAAGUGUUUCAUUGGAAGAGGUUGCCUCAGUCAUUGGCCAGCAAAUGUGCUCGGCAAGCUGGGCGCAAGAAAAUUCCCACCAUAGUGUAUCCUGAGGGUUCACAGUUUGCCAGGAGGCUCAAAUACAUAGCUUGGCGAGCUGCCGUGGAAAUGGCACAAAAUGUGUCCCAGCUCAUUCUGCAGAUUAAAGAGCUUGAAUUGAAUAUCAAGUGGACUGAGAUAUUGAGCACUCUCUAUUCUGCCGCUUCAACAAAGGAAACCCAGAAAAUAGCAAGGCUUUUCAAGAAAGUUAUAAUUCGCAGAAAACGCAUAGAAGCAACAAAUAUAGAAUAUCUACUUGAUUUUGGAAAGAGGGAGAAUAUUCCUCCUGUUGUCGCUAAACAUGGAAUAAAACUUGAGGAGCCCUCUAGCGAGAGGAACAGGUACUGGUUGAGUGAAAGUCAUGUCCCUCUGAGUCUUUUGAAGGCAUAUGAGGCUAAAGGAAUCACUCGCUCACUGAAAAAGAUAGACAAAGAUGAUCUUCCUAAGAACAUGAGCGGCUUCAGACCCAAAAAGCCAAAAAGAUCAGUGUUUGAUGACCUCCUAGAGAAAGCUAAAAAGCGACCCAACAGGCUUUGUGGUCAGUGUUAUAAAACAGUAGUUGACAGGGAAGCUGUGAACUGUCGGUAUUGUGAAGCACUUUUCCAUAGAAAACAUUUCAAUGUUCCUAGAGGGGCUGUGGAUACUGUCUAUGUUUGCAACAAGUGCCUAGCUGAAAAGGUCCCGCCAAUGAAGUCCCCCCAGAAAAAGGCAGGAUCAAAGAAGAGCUCUCCGAAAAAGAAGCAAAAGACGCAACCACGAAAGAGUUUAAGAAGAAGAAACCAGAUAGUUAUCAACCUCAAGAAGAAAGCUGUCCGGAAGAAUGGGAAGCAUGGUCGGCUUAGAAAGAAUCUAUUGAGUGUGUCUAAGAAUGAAUCUGUAAAGGUGCCUGACAGUCAAGCAUCAAAUGAGCCCAAGAGUGAACCGGCAAAACGUAUAUCAAAACGGUUGUAUAAUAAAUACAUGAUAGGCAACUCAGGUAGAUCUAAGCCUGCAAGCUGCCGUAAGAGGAAGAGGACAGCUUUGCAUUAUUCGUACUGGUUAGAUGGCCUUCGAUUGACACAUAACACAGAUGAUGAGCAGGCAACAAGUUUCAGGAAAGCAAGAGUUGUUUUUCCAUCCGAGGAUGUCAAGAUUUCAGAAACCAGUCCAGUUUGCCGUCUUUGUAACAAAUGCUACAGUGGAGAUGCCAUUUAUAUUGCUUGUGAGAAUUGCGAAGAUUGGUUCCAUGGUGAUAUCUAUUCGAUCACCAUAGAAAAUGUCAAUAAACUCGUAGGCUUCAAGUGCCAUGCAUGCCGUCUGAGAGCUAUACCUGUUUGUCCUUAUGCACAAGCUGAUAUGAUUGUUGAGGAUCAAUCAGAUAGGGAGGACGACAUUGACAUGUCUAUAGAGGAUGAGGACCACAAUGGUUCUAAACAUCUACGCACUUCCGAUGGUCUAAAAGAGCUUCACAAUAAAAUUGAGGAGCUCCAUGGUAAUAACAUUGAGAAACAGGUUGGUGAUCGUAUUUGUUUGGAAGUGCUUGAGAAUUCUAAUGAUCUGAAAGAGCCAGGCAGCCAUAGUACCGAGAAACAGCUCAAUGAUUCUAAUUGGUUAAAAGAACCGGACAGUUGCAACAGGAUGGAAGAGCUUGGCAGUCAUAGCACUGAGAAAGGUAUUCAAGAUCAUAAUAAUCUGAAUGAGCUUGACAAUCACUGGGGUGAGAAAGAGCCAGGAAGUCAUAGCACAGAGAAACAGCCUGAUGAUUGUAAUUCAUUGAAAGAACCGGACAGUUGCAGCAAGAUGGAAGAGCUUGACAGUCAUAGCAGUGAGAAUGGUCCUCAUGAUCAUAGUAGUCUGAAAGAGCUUGACAACCACUGGGGUGAUAAAGAGCGUGUUGAUCUUAAUUUUCUUAGUGAACUUGGCUAUGAUAGCAAUGUGAAAGAUGUUGACAAUGGGGACGGCCCAGAAGAGUUUGGAACUACCGAAGACAGCAGCAAUUUUGCCUCUGGAAAAACACAAAUUCUGAAAGAGCUUGAUAAUCACAACAGUUUGGACAAGCUUGAUGGCCAUUUAAAGAAGCCUGACAUUCAUAAUAGUGUGGAAGAGCUUGAUAAUCGUAACUACCAAAAAGAGCUUGGUAAUCAGAACAGUCUAAAUGAUCUUGAUGGUCAUGAAAACCUAAAAGAGAUUCAUAGUGCUCAAAAUGGCAAAUUUACUCCAGUAACAUGUACAGAUGGUUUUCUAGUUGAGCAGUUCAACACUGGUGUAUCUAGCAAUGAAGCCAUGAUCAUGACAUCAGAAAAUGAUUCAGUGAAGGAAUCUAUUGCGUUGCAGUCCAAGGGCAGUCCUGAGGAUGCUGUUCUUCCCGCUGAACAUGAGAUGGACCUUCAGGUUUCUCUCAGCAUAUUAACUUUAUAGGAUAUGCCAAAUGAAAGUGCAUUUUAGGAUGAAUUUCUGUGAGCUUAUACUGCUCUGGUGCUCUGUUAGAGACUUUCUGAUUAGUUUGGGUUGCUGAGCUACCUGACAGCUAAUUUUGUGCUAUAGGAUAUUACAUAAUUACAUUGGUGAUGCAACCCAGUAAUAAGAAUCUGCAGAAGGAAGAUAUAGUUUUGUGGAUACAUCAUAUUUUGGUCAUCUCCUUAGGGAAAUAUGCUGACCUGACAAUUGCAGUGUUGGAGAUGACAGUACAACUUUUAUUAUGGUUAAUAUUCUCGGUAGCUCUGACACUGACAUAGGGAAUAUCUGGGUACCAUUUCCUUCCGAUGGUUUCUAGCCAGAGCUUGUGAUUCAGUUUGCACUGUGAGAUUAUGCACUGAUUGGGACAUUUCAUCAGUACAAGCGGCUCAUUUUUGGUGGUAUUGCACUUACUCAUGACGUGCAAGGAUGGAGGAAGGGAUGAAGCAUUGUGUCGUUGAGCAUUUGAAGCUCCCAUUCUCCAGAUUACGCUUGUGCACUCUUAUCAGAAUACCAGAUCGACUAGGCAUCCUGACGAUUCAUUUUUCUCUUGUUGGCUUUCCCCAUGUACAUUCUGCGAAGCAAUUCAUGUGGGCUCGUUAAUCUUAUCCUGUAUAGGGUUCCAAUAUAGGCUUCAGAUUAUAGUGGCAACAAAAGGCUCAUGCAGUGUAACUAUCAGGUUCAGAUGGGUAGAAUGCUGUUGUUGUUGUACUCGCUGGUUUUACUCUGUUCUUUUGGCGAGGCUAGCAGCACCUUGCUUAGAUGUAAAUUUAACUGUCGGAAAGUUUCAGUACCUUCGCCA